AUGGAAAAAUUAGCAGCAGAAACGAGUUUGACUGUGAAGGAAGAUCGAGAGCUUCAGGUUCAUUUCUUUUUUUUUUCGAAACAUCAACUUUUUUUUGCAGAUUUUCGAGCAAUGUUUAAAGUUGACAAUGUCCGAAUCGAAAGAAGAACUCGAAAUGGGUUACUUGCUGCUCGGCCGCAUGGUUUCUAAGUAUGCGAAAAAAAAAAAUCUCGGUCUAAAAUUAAAAGUUCAGAUGUUCCGCCCAGACGAUGCGUACCAUUCAAUCGCGCCUCGGCAAAAAAUUCACGUCCAUCUCUGAAAACUUCUCGUUUGCGGCAGGGUUAUUUGUUAGAGAGAUGCUCGUCAGAAAUCCACAGGUUUAUUUUGAAAAAUGAAUGUUUCUUUCAAGAUAAAUGAUUUGAAAAAUUACUUUGUAGUGCGGAGAGCUGCACAAUGCCGUUGUCAGAACAAUCGUGCUCAGAUGUAUCGACUCGGCUGUCCUCACAAACGAUCCCAAUUUCAGGUUUUCCUUCUAAAUUUCCAUUUGUAAGAUAUAUUUCUAGGUAUCUGGCAGCAGAGCUUUACGCGCUUCGAUUUGGAUGCUCCUCGUUGGAUUCUCUGUUGGCUUCUCUGAAAAGUCUCCUGAACGGAGAUACGAUCCGGCGUAAACCGGGAGGUGAGCCAAAGUUUUUCUUUCAUUUUGAUAAACUUCUGCUUGUCAGCGUUUGAUGAUUCUAGAAAGUCAAUAACAUUGAAAAAUAUUACUAGAAAAAAAGCGGAAGAAAAUUGAGGAUUUGCUUUUUUUACUAGAGUAGAAAGAUUUAUGUCAGUUUUUUUAGCUGCUCGAAAUGUGUCGUUAAUCUUUUUUUCACUUCAAAAAAAUUUCGUUCAAAAAAAUCUUGAAUGAAUAUUUAAACUUUGAUGAAUUUGAUUGAACGUCUUUCUUUAGAUAAUUUCUUCAAAAAUUUCCUCUUAGAUUUUUUUCUUGAAGUUUUUGUUGUUUUGAGUUAUCUCAAAGGUAAAGUCGAAAAAGGGGGGGGAAAGGUCUCAUAGAAAUUUUUUGGGAGAGGAGCCUUUUUAGGAGACAACAGUCCCUUUUUUGCUGUCUUUUUGCGCCAUUUCAUCGGCUCUUUUGCACCAUUUUUUCCGCCUCUUCCUUUUUCCACUAUUUCUUGAACUCUUAAAAUUCCAGAAAUAAUGAAAGGCUCGAAAAAGGGACUCUUUUUCUCUGCCUUUCUGCGACCUUUUUUUGAGCCGCCUCUUUUAGUGGCCAUUAUCCACCAUUCCUUAUGUGCCCGAGUCAUUCAUCUCUCAAAUCUUACAGCUCAUCUCGAGCUAGAAACCUUCGGAGUAUCAACCCAUCGUUCUUCGCUGAUUUCCGUCCUCUUCGAGUGUCUUUCCGUAUCUUUCACCGUUGUAACCAAGCCAGGUAUUUUUCGAUUUUUUUUUCCCUAAAAACAGGAAAUCUUUCAGAGACGGGAGUGCCUAGGAACGAAAUACUGCAGGUGAUCGAAGAGGGAAUCCAACGGAAGGAAUCGCGAGGAAGCGCGCUCCGUUCACUCAGAGCUCUCUGCGCAAGUGCCAAGACCUCCGUUUCUCCUCUGGUGGGUUCCAUUGAUUAUUUCUAAGAGCUUAUUUAGGAAUUUCAUAGUGGUUCCUAUAGGAGUAAAAUCAAGGUGAUCCCUAUAGGGUUUUAAGAUCUGACCCUCUAGCGCAUAAAUCUUAAGUGGUCCCUAUAGAGAUCGUUCAAUUUCAUUCAAAAAACGUUAUUUUUUCAGUUUUUCUCAUGAAGAUGUUUUUCUACGUAGAGUUCAUAGCAAUGAUCGAGUAGCAUGUUUUCUAUAAAAACCACUUUCGCCAUCUCUAGUGGCCCCUAUUGAUAAAGUGGUCCCUAGAGAGGACCCUCCAAGGGGCCCUAAGGUUGCCCCUAUGGGGAACAUUCUGGAGAUCCUAAGUUAGAUGGAUGACUCGAUUUAGCUGCCACGUAUUGUCUUCAUGUUGAUGAGUCGUCUUGAUGAGGUCGACUCGGAUCUGAUGAAAACCUUGUGCUUCAUCUCUCAAAAUUUCGGACCCAUCACCUCAACUCUUUACAAACACUUCUACGUCAUCUACAGCGCAUUGAAACACCCUUUUGAUGAUCUGGUAAUCAUUUAUAAUGAGAGAGAAAUGUAUUCGGAUAGGAGUAUGCGUCGUUCAUCGGCCCUCUGUUUUCCGACAUCAUCGAAGGCUCGUCAGCGCUUAUCAAGCCUGAAGUGUUGAUCACCGUUCAGCGAGGUGUUGCUGAGGUUUGUAAAUUUUCUGAUAUUCUUUAAGCUGUAAGGACGUUCUGUGAAAAGUCACUGUACUGGUCGGCUCGAAGUUUUUUCAAAAAUUCACUCAAACGUUCUGAAAAGGUUUAUCUUUAUACGCGACCUUCAUUAUCUUCAAUUUUCCGAAAAAUGAAUUUUCAAGUUUGUGAAGUAGCUUUAAGUUUGAUCCAUAUAUUUGCACACCAUUUUCAAUGUCCGCCGACCCCUCCUCCCAAGUUUUCUUGAAUUAAUGUUAAUAAUACCUUCUUCAUUCAUUCAUUUCAUUUCAAGUGUUUAUUCGCCAUUCCGCAAUCAGCACGACAAAUACAAAAAAAAAAACAUCAAGACAAUCAAAUAAAUCUAACAGCUGAUCUGUGGAAACGGAAUUUUUUUCCUAAGGAUUUUUUUGUUAUUUUUUUGUGGCCAAAACUUCCUUCCUGAGGUUGAAAUUUGAUUUUAUUCCUAAGUUUCCAAUAUUUUUGUGAGCCAACCCAUCAGGGGCUGAAUCAGUUCUGUACAUGCCCAUCUAUGAUUUGAUUCUUUUUAGACUUUUUUCGAUCCUUUCUUACAAAUCUUAGAAGAUUUUUUUUCUCAGUUUUUCAAUAUUUCCACUCUUCUUCUUGCAGAUGGCCUUCCUGCGGCCGAAUUCUGCCGUUUAUCUCCAGAUUUUGGCCUCGUUCCUCGUCUGCACCAACGAGUUUGUCCCCCCUCCUUUGCAAGUGAACACUUGAGUGACACGGAGACCUCUUUACGAUGUUCAUUCGAAGGUUGCCAAGUCGAUCGUUGCCCGGAUGUCUCAGGAAGUUUUCUCGCAGUGUCCGAGAGCCUGCCACCUUCGUUCCUUGUGUCAGUUGGCGGCUCGGCCACGAGUUCAUGUCAGUUUUAUCAGCGUUCUAUAGGGCCGUGUUCAAAGUAGUUUCCGCGAAAUGCAAAAUACCCGUUAGAGAAAGGAAAAGAUCACUAAAUUUUGGAGAGUCAGAGAUCAUUUUGCAUUUCGCGGAAAUUACUUUGAACACGGCAUAGAGAUCUUCGCAUAAUUUAUGAUUAUCAUUUAAAAUGUUUUUUCAUCCAUUUGUAGAAUUUGGCAUCCGUUGCGCCUCGUCGAAUAGCCGCUGCUGAACUCGAAAACCCUGUUCCUAGUAAGGAGGUAGUUGUUUCUAUUUUUUUUUUUUGAGCAUAGUUUGUUAUCUUGCUGUCUUCAUGAAUUUGUGUACAAGUUUGACCCAAAAGCUUCUAUAGCUGAUUCACGGCUGGCUUAAAACAUCUUGAAAAGGUCCCGCCACGAAAAGAGAAGAGACAGUGCCUGGUUGGUGGAGAGUGCAGUCAGGCCACGCCUUUUUGCGUCCCAAGCUAGCCGUGAAUCGUUUGUAUUCUGAACUUUUUCCUACCGCUAUUAAUUCUUAUGCUCCCUGUGUCAUUUUUCUAUCAUAUUGCCGUUUCAGCCGGUUGGAGAUGACAAAAAAGUCGAAAAACCCGUAGAAAGCGCGAAAUACAGAACGGACGUCGUCGAGAUUGACUCUUCAUCCGAUGACGACGAAGUGGAAGAAGUGACCGAAAUAACGCAAGUCGCCGUUGUUGCUCCGUUAGAAACGACGAGAAAAGCCGCUUUGGUAGCGAAUAGUUGGAUUUCUGUGGAACAAUUAAUUUUUAGAACUCGGAAGAAAAAAACCAGACUCCUGCCAAGAAACGCCGAGUUGCGCCUCAGAUAGUGAGCUUCUUUUUUUUUCUUUUCAAAUCGAAUCCUCCUUUCAGACUACAGAGCUGCGGCAGGGAGAGACUUCAGUGGAAGAUAUUCUCAGUUCUUUCGACCCAUCAUAG